GUAUUUUUUGCAGGUUUGUUGGCAAACUUGUCUACUGUGUCUCUUGCUUCUCGCGCGUCCAAGCCGUUGUGCUUAGAAAUUUUGUUGCAGCCUAAAAAACACAGUUAAGCAAGAUGUCUGACGACGGUGCAGCAGUUAAGAAGGGUCGUGGCCGCCCCAAGGCUACCACCGAAGAGAAGGAGGCAAAGAAGAGACCGGCAGCAGACAAGUCUCCUGCCAAAGCAUCACCCAAAAAGGACGAUGGUGAGGUUCCGGCCAAGAGAGGAAGGGGAAGACCAAAGGGAGCUGGCAAGAAGGCUGCGGCUGCUAAACCCAAGGCAAAAGGCACUGGAAAGGGACGUGGAAGGCCGAAAAAGGAAAAAGAAGAAAAAUCUGAAGAGGAGGAAGAAGACGAAGUUGAUGAAGAAGAGAACGGAGAAUAAAGUGUUUUCGAGAAUCUCUGAACUUGACGGCCAAGUGUGUUCACUUACGGUCACGUUACUGUUAAUGUGUGUUCCCAUAUUUAUAUGAUAGGUGACCAAUUUUAUUAGCAUAAUUUAUAUUUGUAGUGUUUCUUAUUUUAUUUAGUGAUUACAGCAGUUUUAUACAUUAUACAAUUUACAAGAACAAAGAGACGUAACUGUUUGUUUUUAGUCUUGAUUCAACAAAACCCCUGUAAUAUGGUGUCGUGUAUUGUGAAUAAAUGGUUCAAAUGGAAUGUGUGAAUUUGCCCUGGUAGCGAUGACGUAGUUGUGUCAACACCUCUCAAUUUCUUUUAUUUUUCAGUAUCUACAAUGUAAGUUUUCCUAUCCUAAAUUCUAGUCUUACUUUGUAAAUGUUUGGGUUGGUUUUGUGUACUUUAUGAUAGUAAAACAACUGUUAGUUUUACGAUUUCUUUUAUAAAUUGGAAGUACAAAAUGCAACCUGUUGUCUAAACAUUUUUCUUUUUUAUAUUAUUGUUCCUUUAUAUUCUUUGGAAAAAUAAAUAGUUACAUAAUUA